UUCAAGCUGCAAGUCGACGGAGGCAAGCUCAACCGCAAGCCGACCGGCAUCCUGAGCAACAGUGAGCAGGUCUUGCGGGCGGUGUGCAGGCGCUGCACGCAUCACAGUUCUGAACAUGAUCAGCUCGUCGGCAGCAAGCUCACGAGACUGGCCCAGGAGUACACCCCUCAGUUUUGCAACGCGAUCCUCAGAGGCCUCGUGAAGCACCUCGAGCGGGCCGGCGUGGUGAAGUACCCACAGGGGAAGUACAUGGACUUGUGCACGCAGCCGACCUACUAUCAGUUCUCAAACGCCACGGAGACCAUGGCUACCGAGCACGUUUCGGCUGUCGUGGGCGACUUCUUCCAGGCCAUCGCCGAGGACCAGAUCGAGUUAGGGGUCUUUGUCAACGACCUCCCUGCGGUUCCCGAGGACGACGAGGAUGCAUUUCUUGACGGUGAACCUGGAGAGAUCGGGCCAGACUUCGGGGAGCCGACGCAGGAGUUCCAGGACGUUGAGGAGGCGCCGCCCACAGACGAGAGCGAGACGCCUUCACCACUACAACAACGACUCAUUCAGCGGGCCCACAACAACAUGGGACAUCCUGAGCUACGGGAUUCCAUUCGUGUAUUGCGAAAUGGUCGUGUCAGAAAUUCCAUCCUGCGCUGGGUAAGAAAGAACUUCAAGUGCCCAGCGUGCGAGUCGAACAAGCGACCUCGAGCUCGACAGCCUUCGGCAGUGUUACGUUCUUUUCGUUUCAACUACGUCGUGGGCUGCGACACGUUCACGGUCAAGACCGCCUUGGGUUUAGAGUUCACGUUUGUCCACGUCAUCUGCUGGGGUACGAAUUACCAGAUCGUGGAGCGGAUCAGCAGCUCCAUGACGGCACAGGCGACGUGGGAAGCAGUGCAGCGGUGCUGGCAUCGACACUACGGGCCACCUCAGAUACUUGUGGUGGAUCAGGGCACCGAGUUCAAGGCAGAGUUUCAGGACCGGGCUCGAGAGUACGCUGCACUCGUACACGUCAUCAACUUGAGGAGCCCUUGGGAAAAUGGCAAGACGGAGAGGCACGGCGGCUGGUGGAAGAGCAUCUUCCAGAAGGCCGAGUCCAUCGAGCCGUGCUACAACAUGGACGAGGUGGACAUGUUCGCAGCCUUCGUCAGCCAGGCCAAGAUCCGCUUCACCAACCGCAGCGGCUACAGCCCGGCGCAGCGGGUCUUCGGCGAGGACAUCCGCCUGCCAGGUUGCCUCUUCAGCGAUGACAUCAUCAGCCCCGAGAUGCUUAACACGACGCCCUCGGCCGAGUACCAGAGGACCCAGUCCAUCAGGCAGGCCGCCAUGCAGGCGACCGUCUCCUUGAGCGACCAGCAGACGUUCGAGAAGGCACUCAAGAGCCGCAUGCGCAAGGGCCAAGAGGAGUUGAAGGAUGGCGAGAUCGUGUUCAUUUGGAGGCGAGUUUCAGUUCGACAGCCUGAUGGGGGCAUUGACUACAAGGUGGGCUGGAGUGGACCAGCGACGGUCAUUUCUACCACCCAGAACGGGAGUACGCUAUUUGCUUAUUUGCGCGGUGUCCUUUUCAAAUGUGGCAGGAUCCAGGUACGAUCAGCGACAAACGAGGAGAGCAUGGGCGCCGAGAUCGUUAACGAGCUCCUUUUCGACCUAAAGGAAAAGCUCAACGCGGUGCACACUCAGCGGGGCUUCAGGGACAUCACCGGCGAGGGUGAGUUCGACGACAUGGAGGCGGACCGGCUCCGACUGGCUGGCAGGACACCGUCUGGAACGAGAGCGCCGUGGCCGGCGCCGAGCGGAUUGUAUACCGACCCCGGGACGUACUGGGAGCAGCCAAACGACCAGAAACGCUUCGUGGAGAUCUGCAGCUUUACGGACGGCACCUUCACGAACUACACCGAGGCAGAGAGCAGCGACCAGAUCGCCAUGGACGAGGUGUGGCGCUACCGUAAGCAGGAGAGUGGUACUUGGAGGCCGGCCACUGGCUUCGACAACGACAAGCACGCCGCCUUCAGCAUUGAGGAUAGCUGGGCCUGCCUUAGCCACCGGGGCAGCUUCUACAUCAUGAAGGCGAAGUCCGAGGCGGCGGAGCUCAAGCACCACACCAUCAGCGAGGACGACUGGCCGCAGUUCAUCGCCGCGAUCGCGAAGGAGUGGAACGCGGUGGUAGGCAUCAAGGCGGUGACCAUCAUCAUGCCUGAGGACGCCGCCCGCAUCAGGAAGGAGAAGGGCGAGCGGAUCAUCACCAGCCGCAUCCUCCUCCGCUGGAAGCCUACCGAGCAGGGCGUCAUGGCGAAAGCCCGGUGGGUCGUUCACGGCUUCAAGGAUCCCGACAUCAUGGAGAUCGAGAGGAGUUGCCCUACGCCACAGCUUGUGACUAUUCACAUCGCAUUGCAGGCGAUGGCGAGCCGCAAGUUCGAGGCGACCGUGGGUGACGUAACUACGGCGUUCAUGCAGGGGGACCCGAGCAAGAGGACCAAGCCACUCUACGCGGAGCCGCCGGCUGGAGGAUACUUGGAGUCCCUUGGCGUGCCAGCCGGUUGCCUCAUCAGGCUCGACCGCGAGGUCUACGGGCUCGUGAGCGGCAUGGCAGCGUGGAGGAGCACCAUGGUUGAUCACCUCAGCAAGCUGAAUUAUCGCAUGAGCAUCUACGACCCGUGCCUCUUCUGUCUUUUCAACAACGACCCGCGCGACAAGUCCAAGGAUCCGAUUGUCCAGGGCAUCGUUGUUCUUGAGGUUGAUGACACACUAUCUGGAGGAACGGAUUUACACAACAACAAGAUGAAGCAGCUGAGGACCAUGGUCAAGUUUGGGCAUUGGCAUAGUCUCUAUCAAGACGGGCCACAUUCUUUUGCUGGGCGCCGGUUUACACAGGAAAAGGACUUCGGUUUCCGCAUCGACAUGGAGCGCUACAUCCGCGAGAAGCUGAAUCCCAUCGAGUUGAAGCGCGGCCGCUUGUCCGACCCGAAGGCGGAGCCCACUGAAGGCGAGAAGAGCCAGCUCCGUACAGUCAUUGGCGGUGUCGGCUGGGUAGCGAGACAAGCUCGACCCGAUGAAGCAUCGACUGCGUCCCUGUUGCAGAGUUCGUUCCACGAAGCAGUCAUGAAGGAUCUUGCUGAUGCCAGCGCCUCAGUUCGGCGACUGAAGGCAGAUCCACUUCUUGGACUUCGUAUCAUGCCGUGCGAUAUCGACGAGGCCAGAGUUGCGAGUGUUAGCGACGGGAGUUUCGACGCAGACAAGGCGACCGGAGCUUCGCAAGGAGGCUUCAUUGUGGGUAUUUCUACUACGGCCCUCAACAACAACGAGGAGGCCCCAUUCAGCACUAUGAGUUGGGUCAGUCACAAGAUCAAGCGAGUUGUUGGGAGUGCGAUGGCAGCCGAGAGUUUCAGUUUCAGUGAUGCUUUAGCAGAGGCGGAGUGGAUCUGGGCAUUGUGGCAGGAGACCAUUUG